CCACUGCCAGUGACUGGGAGCCAUGGAGAUGGCAACCACCACCUUCCACAGCUCCUCCUCCUCCUCCUUCUCUAUCCCAAACCCUAACCCUAGAACCAACACUCUCUCCUCUUCUCUUCCACUCUCCAAGCAACUCUUCGGUUUCACCUUCCCUUCUUCCUCCACCGCCAAAACCUCCACUCUCAGACUCCGCUCCCGAAACCCUACCUCCUUCGCUCCUACGCCGAUCAAAUGCUCCGUCUCUGAAGCCACUGAAGCCGCCGCCCCCGUCGAGAAGAAGAAAUUGAAGAGGAGAAGUGAUAUAAGGAACAUAGCCAUUGUGGCGCAUGUUGAUCAUGGAAAGACAACUCUGGUUGAUUCCAUGUUGAGGCAAGCGAAGGUGUUUCGUGAUAACCAAGUUGUGCAAGAGAGGAUAAUGGACUCGAAUGACAUAGAGCGUGAGAGGGGAAUUACAAUUUUGAGUAAAAACACAUCUAUUACGUAUAAAGACUCGAAAAUUAAUAUAAUUGACACUCCUGGACAUUCUGACUUUGGAGGGGAGGUGGAGCGUAUUCUCAAUAUGGUGGAAGGGAUUCUUCUAGUGGUGGAUUCUGUUGAGGGCCCCAUGCCACAGACAAGAUUUGUUUUGAAGAAGGCUCUAGAGUUUGGGCAUGCUGUUGUUGUUGUCGUCAAUAAAAUUGAUAGGCCUUCCGCCCGUCCGGAUUUUGUCAUCAAUUCCACUUUUGAACUCUUUAUUGAACUCAAUGCUACUGAUGAACAGUGUGAUUUCCAAGCAAUAUAUGCUAGUGGGAUUAAAGGAAAGGCAGGGCUAUCAGCUGAUAAUCUGUCAGAUGAUCUUGGCCCCCUUUUUGAGGCCAUAAUGAGAUGCAUCCCCGGACCGGCUAUUGAAGAAGGUCCACUGCAAAUGCUUGCUACAAAUAUCGAGUAUGAUGAGCAUAAAGGACGAAUAGCUAUUGGACGCUUGCAUGCUGGGGCUCUUCGAAAAGGAAUGGAUGUGAGGGUAUGUACCUCAGAAGAUUCCUGUCGGUUUGCUAAAGUUAGUGAGCUUUUUGUGUACGAGAAGUUCAUUAGGGUCCCAGUAGACAGUGUGGAGGCUGGUGAUAUAUGUGCUGUUUGUGGAAUUAAUGAUAUUCAGAUUGGCGAGACAAUUGCUGAUAAGACACAUGGGAAGCCAUUACCUGCCAUUAGGGUGGAGGAACCAACAGUGAAAAUGGCUUUCGCUAUAAAUACUUCACCAUUUGUUGGGCGCGAGGGAAAGUAUGUUACGAGUAGGAACUUGCGAGAUCGGCUUUCUCGUGAGCUUGAGCGUAACUUGGCUAUGAGAGUUGAAGAUGGUGAAACAGCAGAUACCUUCAUUGUUAGUGGACGAGGCACUUUGCAUAUUACCAUAUUGAUUGAGAACAUGCGAAGAGAAGGAUAUGAGUUUAUGGUGGGACCUCCCAAAGUAAUUAACAAAAGGGUGAAUGACAAGUUGCUGGAACCUUAUGAGAUUGCCACUGUAGAGGUUCCCGAAGAGCACAUGGGUCCCGUUGUUGAGCUACUUGGAAAAAGGCGGGGACAAAUGUUUGAUAUGCAGGGGAUGGGGUCAGAAGGCACAAACAUACUCAAAUAUAAGAUUCCAACUCGUGGCCUUCUUGGUUUACGAAAUGCAAUUUUAACAGCUUCUCGUGGCACAGCUAUUCUCAAUACGAUAUUUGAUAGCUAUGGACCUUGGGCUGGUGAUAUGAGUACCCGGGAUCUGGGUUCACUGGUUGCCUUUGAGGGUGGAACGAGUACUUCUUAUGCCCUUGCUAGUUCACAGGAUAGAGGACAGUUGUUUAUUGGUCCUGGGGUAGACGUAUAUAAAGGUCAGAUAGUUGGCAUCCAUCAGCGACCUGGGGACUUAUCUCUUAACGUAUGUAAAAAAAAGGCUGCAACAAACAUCCGUUCCAACAAAGAACAAUCAGUAAUUCUUGAUACUCCACUGGAUUACAGUCUGGAUGACUGCAUUGAGUACAUUCAAGAGGAUGAACUGGUGGAGGUCACUCCCUCAAGCAUCCGGAUGUGCAAGAACCCCAAGUUCUCAAAGAAAUCAUCUAGGUAGUCAGUUUUGUGAAUAUAUACCAUGUGAACCGAGUAUCCUUGCAAAACUCAUCACAGAUUUUGUUGAGUCACCUGAGUAAGCAACGAUAUAAGUUCAAGUUGUUUAGACAUCAAAGACAAAGAGUAACUCAAGUUUUGCAGUAUUGGUUGUAUAUAAAAGAAUAAGAAUCAAAUUUGUACAACUACUACAAGUAACAUGAUGUUCACUGGUUAAGAGAAAUUGGGAUGACAAAGAUUCAUG